AUGGCGGUGGAGAUGAUAUACUGCGGACACGAAGAAUCUUAUGGAUUGCUACCAUGCUAUCUUCACAUGUUGCGGAUGUGCAAUCCGGGAUCGGUGACUGACUUGGAAGUUGAUGAGAAUGAUCGGUUGAAGCAUCUCUUCGUAGCACUUGGUUCUUACAGAGUCGCGUACACUAUGUGCAUGAGGCCAAUAAUUAUUGUUGACGGCACACACUUGAAGGGCCGCAAUAAAGGUGUUUUGUUCGUUGCCGUCACAAAGGACGACAACGAACAGGUGUUUCCAAUGGCUUUUGGGAUUGGUCCGAUCGAGAAUGAUGAAUCGUGGAAGUGGUUUUUCUAUCGGUUGAAGGUGGCUUAUGGUCAGAAUUCUGAGACGUUGAUUGUUUCCGAUGCCCAUAUUAGUAUACAGAAUGCGGUUAAGUAUGGCAAGGCAGUCGUUGCUUUCUACCAAAAGGCGGCUUAUGCAUAUCGAGAGAGUGAUUUUGACAAGGCAAUGGCAAGCUUAAAGGCAUUAAACGAAGACGGGGGAGCAUAUACCAAACUUAUGCAGGUUGGUCCUGAGAGAUGGGCUCUAAGUGUCCUACGUCUGCCUAUAUGCUCCAUGGUUGAGGCGAUCCGUCAUAUCAUAGAAAAAUGGUUUGAUGAAAGACAGGAAGCUGCAAAGACGUUUUCUGCAGAUGUUACACCAGAGGCUCUACGAAAGCUGACUACUGAAUUGGAGAGGUCGCGGAGAUAUGAGGUGGUUGCCAUGUCUCCAUCUGCUUUCAAAGUAAAAGAUUCAAACAUGUCAUUCAAAGUGAAUGUACAAACGCAGUCAUGUACGUGCUUCGAAUGGGACACGAACCUGCUACCGUGCUCGCAUGCUGUUGCAGCUAUAAGGCAUUUAGGCGAUGACUUAUCUAAGCAUGUUGGAGACUAUUAUCAAUCAACAAAGCUACGAGAGGCAUACUCGUAUCGGGUAAACUCUGUCCCGCCACAUGCUUCAUGGAUAGUCCCUGCAGAUGUUGCAAUAUCUUAA